AUGACAGACUAUGUUGUAUUGCAUCUGGUACCAAACCAGCAAGACGGUUCGCCUACGUUUGAGCCAAUUGAGCGCAAAAUGUACGAACGAGUGUCUUUAAAACUAGGUAGACAGGUCAAAUCACCACAAGAAAAAGCAGAAGCGGCUACAUCGAAUGCAGCUAGCAUCGCGCAGGCAGCCUUAACACCAUCAUCAAGCCAAGCCGUAACCACACCAUCGCAUGCUGGCCGCACAUCAUCCGUUCAGAUCUGGACUCCAGGCACUCAUUCUAGUGACAACAACUCAUCUCAAGAAAAUGAAGGUUUUGGUACAUUUACUGCUACUGGCCAGCAUGGAGGACCUUCAAAUGACCACUCUCCACGGUCUCCUUUCGACCAUGCACGCGCCUUCUUUCUUGGGUCAGUUGGAAGCCAUCCCAAAACUACCCAUGCAGCGACAGCCUCGGUCACAUCUAAAGCGGCGACUCCUGCAAACAAUGAAUCGACGUUGGUAACAUCUGAAGCUGUCCAUGAGAGCAAUGCAUCUAGAGUCGAAAUGGCUCUUUCAGCCACGAUACCUGCAAUUUCUCCGUCAGACGUGACUAGAGGUUCUGUCAAGGCCACGCUACCACCACUGCCAAUUCAAACAGUUGAGACGGCCUGGUUCAAGAGCAAGGUGGUUAGUCGUAUCCACGCUGAAAUAUGGAACAAGGAUGGGCAGCUUUAUCUCAAGGAUAUUGGUAGCUCAUCUGGAACAUUUUUGAAUAAAAUGCGGCUUAGUCCAGCUAGCAAGGUCAGUCGGCCUUAUCCUAUUCGUGCUGGAGAUGUGAUUCAACUUGGGGUAGACUAUCAAGGUCGUACAGAAGAUAUCUACAAGGCUGUAGAGAUUAAAGUACUGGUGGAGCUCCAAACUGCCUCGACUACAACCAAGAAGCGAAAUUCGGCUGCAAGAUUUCGCUCAGCAUUGAAGGCACUAUUAACAGCUACAAACCCGUAUUCCACUUCCCAUACAGUCAAAAAGGAUAAAUCACAGUCAUCAGAAAAAACACACGAUCACUCUGGGUCGGUUGAUUGUUGCAUCUGUCUAUCUUCGAUAGGACCCUAUCAGGCACUGUUUAUCGCGCCUUGCUCGCAUUGCUAUCAUUACAAAUGCAUUCGACACGUUUUGAAGGACUCACUAAUGUUUCCGUGUCCUGUAUGUCGUCAAGUGGCUAACCUCGAUGCCAGUGUUUCCAUGGAAAGUUUAUUCGACUAUGACAAAGAAAGCCACCAUUUUACCAACAAUAAUGAGGACAAAAACUCGGAUAGCGAAAGCGAUCCAUCAUCAGACGAAUCAGUUGAAAAUGGCCCGAGUACAAAAAAUGUAGAUCCCGACGAGACGAUUGAAAUGGACACAGCUGGCAUGGAGCCAAACUCAAAGGCUGUAGAUUCAAACUUUCUCCAGCACCAACAAUCAUCUAGCAUACAUUCUCAGCAAUCACUUCCUGAAGGUAAACGGGAUGUCGAGGAUUUCCGCCCAAUACUUUUGUUUGGUCAAAAACCAUCCACAAACGGAAUGCCCUUUCUAGGCAUCAAUACUCCAUUUACUGUCAACGGAGCCUCAUUCCAAAAUGCAACCCACUAUCAUCGAGAUAAUCGUGUGUCCUCUAGUAGUUCUGCUCAAUUCACAUUACCAGAUGAUCGUGCUGUUCCCUCAAUGUUUGGCUCUGAUAAAAUGGCAUCUGAGCUACUUGGUAUGUCCCAGCAAGGACAAACUAUUCCACAUACUGGCCUCUCUGGUAGUGUUGGUAACAUGUCCACAUCUUAUAACCACUAA